AUGGAGACAAUGGACGGAGGAUGGACGGCAAUCCAAAAACGGGUAGAUGGAUCCCUGGACUUUGACAGGAAUUGGGCAGAUUACAAGGAUGGUUUUGGUUCACCGGAACUGGAUUUCUGGAUCGGAAAUGAAGUAAUUCACCAGCUUACAAAGGGACACAAGUCUUCUCUCUAUGUUUCCGUUACAUCGGUGAACCUUGGCAAACUGUACGAGUUGUACGAGGAAUUCUCUGUGUCCAGCGAAGCGGAGAAGUAUCAACUCUUUCUGGGUGGGAAUGCCACUGGAACCUUAGGAGACCAGAUGUUAAACACAGGUAGAAGUGACAAUGAUCUGUCUGGUAUGUACUUCAGUACCCCGGACAGAGAUAAUGAUCAGAAUCAGGAAAACUGUGCCUCUCACAAUAAAGGAGGUUGGUGGUUUAACUACUGCCAUAAAGCGUACCUCAACGGACCCUGGUCUCCGGACCGCUGGAUUUACCCUUGGAAACCCCCUAUCACGUACGGGAAAUACGUGAACAAGACAUUCAUGAUGAUCAGGCGUCAUCAGAUGUCGAUCAGAUAA